GAUAUUUUAUCUAGAUUAUGUAUAAAGAUUUUUUCAAUUCACCCUUUUGUUUAUCAAAUAUCAAAAAAAGCUUAAUAAAUAACUCAUUUAAUGAGAAAAUAUUUUCAACUUUCUUUCGUACCAAAACAAAGACACCUUAAGACAAUAAUUAGUUCGUAAGAUAGGAUCUAAAGAUGGACAGAUGAUACACCGUACUUCUCUGUUUGUGUAAGUUUUUGCUUGUUAACCGCCCUCGCAAUCGGCCAAAAAAAUACAACCAUGCAAAAACUAACUUUACUUGUUGUAGCAGUAAGAACAAUAUUGUUUCUACAUUUCACCUUCCUAUUACCAACAUCUAGCACCAUUUCCCCUUUUCCCCUACCUUUCAAAUUUCCCCUCUUGACAUAUUUUUAUUUCUUUCUUUGAGUAGUACCACACAAUAAUUUUCUAGCAAAUUCAGUAAUCAGGUUCCCAAAUUCAAUUUUCUUUUUUUUUCUUUUGUAACUGUGGAAGAUGAAAACAGGGGUAUCAAGAAGUUGGAUAUUGGUGGACAAUAAGGGGCAGACUAGUAUAUUGGAUUUAGAUAAGUAUGCUAUUAUGAAAAGAGUUUCAAUACAUGCUAGAGAUCUUCGUAUUCUUGAUCCUUUGCUUUCUUAUCCUUCUGCUAUACUUGGCAGAGAAAAGGCUAUUGUGCUCAAUUUGGAGCAUAUCAAAGCAAUUAUUACUACAGAAGAGGUAUUGCUUCGUGACCCACUGGAUGAUAAUGUUCUUCCUGUUGUUGAAGAACUUCAAAGAAGAUUGCCACUGCCUGCUAUUGGCUUAGGAGAAGGUGAAGAUGAUGACCAUCCUGUUGUUAAUGGGACACAAAAUGAAAUGCAAACUGAUGAACCAAUUGAGUUUCCAUUUGAAUUUCGAGCUUUAGAAGUAGCACUAGAAGGAGUAUGCAGUUAUCUUGACACUCAGACACGAGAACUGGAGACGGCUGCUUACCCUGCUUUAGAUGAGCUCACCUCCAAGAUUAGUAGUCGUAACCUGGAUAGAGUGCGCAAAUUGAAGAGUGCAAUGACUAGGUUGACCAGUCGGGUUCAGAAAGUCAGGGAUGAUCUUGAACAACUUCUUGAAGAUGACGAUGACAUGGCUGACCUUUACCUCUCAAGAAAAUUAUCUGCCAGAGUUUCAUCCCCCCUGAGUGGCCAGGUGGCACCUUACUGGUCCCCUGAUUCUUCAACAGUAGGCUCAAAGUUAUUAUCCAGAGCAAGCAGGAUCAGUGGUAUAACUCAUGAGGAGACUGAUGUUGAGGAGCUUGAGAUGUUGCUUGAGGCUUACUUUGUGCAAAUUGAAAGCACGAUGAACAAAUUGACCACGUUGCGCGAAUAUAUUGAUGACACCGAGGAUUACAUCAAUAUUCAGCUGGACAAUCAUCGAAAUCAGCUGAUCCAGUUGGAGCUGUUCCUGAGUUCUGGUACAGUUUGUUUGACUGUGUACUCCUUGGUGGCUGCAAUUUUUGGAAUGAAUAUUCCACAUCCAUGGAAGAAUGACCAUGGUUACCUUUUUAAAUGGGUUGUCAUGCUUGCUGGAAUUGCUUCUGCAUCCGUUUUCCUAUCAAUAAUUACAUAUGCUCGGCACAAGGGUCUCGUUGGAUCUUAAUUACUCCUCUUUAUCUCGGUAUUAUAAUGAUACACCCUACACAUCAUGUUCAAAUUUAAUUUCUUGAUUGCAACUUCGAGGAAGAGGCGGAAACAAGAUUGGAGAGGCGAAAACAGGAUUGGAGAGGAGAGGAUCAAAAAAUGCAAAAUGCCACGAAAAGAACUUAAUGACGCAAGACAUUUUUGAACCCUUUUUUUCAAUGUUUGCUAGAAGUUUUUAGUGUGUUGAUGAAUUGAACAAUCACUAUAUAUAAGACAAAAGUAGAAUCUCACCUAUGGACAAGUGUAAUUUUCUGAUAAGCAGAUCGAAUUGACCA